AUGUUCUCUCCGCCCACCGUCGCCGUCGAAGAAGAAAGACAGACCCACUAUCGUCGCCGCCGCCUUUUCCCCUUCCUCCUCCGAAGUAUACUUCUUAUGGACGCCGUGACAUUUCCUAGGAGGUUGUUCACAGAAGGAGAAGAACCGGAUUAUGAUCGCAGUGUUGUCUACUAUAGCAAGAACACUGCACUGUGGUCUCAAAUGCACACCACACUUGAAGAUGAAUGGGAUGAGCUUGAGAAUUCUAAGCUGGGACCCCUCUUCAGGUUCACGAAGCUCGAGUUUAAUUGGGCAUCGAAGCCAGUGCGAUUUUCUCUGAACGAGUUUGAACACAUCACCGGGCUUAACUGCGAGUAUAAAGAAGCGCUGACGAAGCCAGAGACUGUUAACACAGACGAGAUGAAAGAGUUCUGGCGGAAGCUUGGUGUGAAUGAGAAGCUUGGUCCGAGCGUUGACGAACUCUUAGCAGCGUGCCAGUGGGCCGGAGAGUGGAGCAGAGAGGAUAGGCUGAGACUUGGUUUUUUGGCCGUAUACGCUGGCUUCAUUGAUGCUCGCAAAAGUUCCACUCAUACACGAGUAGCACUGGCUAGUCAAGUUAUGGACUUGGAGAAGUUUGAAAACUAUCCCUGGGGGCGAGUAGCUUUCAAGACCCUCAUCAAGUCCAUAAAGAAAGCAGACGUGUCCAAGCCAUUCAGCCUCGAAGGCUUUGCUGAAGUCGUGCAAGUGUGGGCGUACUAUGCUAUGCCGAGGUUCGGAGAAGAAAACGGUGAUCCGAGGCCAAAUAAUCCUGAGCCACCGCUGCUAGCAUUCAAUGGAAUCAGAGGGAAGAGAUAUGUUAUCGGAACCAUGAAGAAGCAGGUGCUUUUCAAUCACAUGGUAAUGGUGGACAAGGCAGACGUGUACCCACGUUGGGACAAGGAAAUAGAUGACGAGAAGGUGGACAACAUCAUCAAGGCCUUGCUUGGGGAAUUUGGUGGAGGAUGGGUGUGGAAACCAGCUGACUGGGUUAGAGAAGGGAUAUCGGUUAAGAAGGCUGAUGAUGAUGAAGCGAUAAGUGUCAAAAGAGCUCGGACCUCAGAUGGUUCACCUGCGGAGGCCUCUGGUGCUGGCUGGAAAGGUCUUGAGGCGAAGAUUGAGGAGCUUUUUAAAGACUUCACCAAAAAACACUUCGAGGAGAUGAGUAAGACCCAGGAAAAGAUUCAGGUCCUCACCGCUCAAGUCGCUGUGGUAGGGAGGAUUGUCAAGAAGCUUUCGCAUCCUCAGGCUCAGGAUUCUGUGAAGUCCAGUGAGGAUACUGCGAAGUCCAAUGAGGAUUCUGCGAAGGCCAAUGAAGAGCUGGAGAAGAAGAAUGAGGAGCUGGAGAAGAAGAAUGAGGAGAAGUCCGAUGAGGAGCCGGAUAAGUCCGAUGCCGGUGAAGGGAAGACGGCUCCGCCUGGUGGAACGGAAGAUACGGAUUGCACUUGGCUCCGGACACAUAUUCCAACUGAUUCUGAGGAAGCCGAAGAGAAAAGGCAACAGGAAGAGCAGAUCAAGGCGGCUAAUGUUAUGGCAAGAGGGAAAAGUGAGAGAGUAAGGAAGCUGGCGUUUACUCAGAAAGGUGAGUUCCAAGGAAACAGCACCGCUAGAAGGAUCAUCCUAAACAACCCCCCGGAGAUACCCAAUUCCCCACCGAAAUCACUUAAGAUCAUCUCUAAACCGAGGAAAGCAGCGAAGAAAGCAGCUCCGAAGAAAGCAGAUCCGAAGAAAUCACCUCCUCCGAAGAAAGCAGCUAAUCCGAAGAAAGCACCUGAACCUAAGAAAGCACCUGAACCUAAGAAAGCAACCGGUGGCAAUGAACCUCUAGGGUAUAAUCCAUUUGCUCGACCUCUCGAGGAAAGGAUAACACCAAUGCGGGCAUUCGUCUCCGGAUUACCGGGUUAUUCUGCAGCUACAGCGCUGGAGCCGGACAAGUUCGAUUACCCGGAAUGGCACUGGUGGUUUACUUUACUCACGGGGUUUCAAUGGCUAUCGGAUAGCCAUAUGAAGUCCUGGGCCACCAUGAUGACUCACCGCCUAGCAACGCGACCAGAGUUGUUUAAAAAUGAUAGGAUCUGCUUCCUUAACAGCCAUAUCACUCAAUUUUGGGAAAGGGACUGGCCCAGGUUUCAGAGAUGUCAAAUGCUGCCUCCUAAUUCGCUGGACUGGUACUUUGGUAAUCUCCCGAAAAGCCAGCCCAGCAAUAAGCGAUGGGGUUAUGAUGUUGAUGAUUUAUUCAUUCCAUUGAAUAUCAAGAAUAAGCAUUGGGUCGCGCUGCAUGUCUCCAUACCCAAAAGGCACAUUACCAUCUACGACAGUAUGGUGGACUGGCUCGAUGAUGCGGAAAUGGACUUGUUGGUGGAACCCUAUGCGGUGAUGAUGCCGAAUCUUAUGCACUCCGCGGCUCAGGCUGAGGACAAAUGCGUCUACUUCGAUGCGAAGUACACGCACAGCCGUCCGAGUAAGGAUGUGCCGCAGCAAGUGGGGGCUGGAGAUUGUGGCGUGUUUGUCCUCAAGUUCAUCGAGUGCCUGGCAGUCGGAUAUGCCGCAUUUCCGAAGACGUUGUGUCAGAAAAACAUCACCAUGUUUAGGGAGCAGAUUGCGUCUGAUAUGUACCAUGAGAUCAACUGCCGUGGACCGGUCGAGGACCCAGAUGAUUGGGACAAUGUCGAUUUGUAUGACGAGAGAUUAUGA